AAAACAUUAGCCAACAUGGCAAGAUGAAUAGGAAGCGGUCACGUAUCCAAAAUCAGUGGCAAAUCCCACAUUUAUCCGAUUCAGAUGACGAAAUAUUAUCCAAUAAUGACAACAACAAUGAUUCAGAUUUUGCAAAUUUGCGAAAUGCAUCGAAAACAAAAACGUUUGAAGGGAAAGCUGUUAGUUUGAAAUCUUGUGAUGAAUUUCAAUUUGAUGAAUUAGCAGUUGCAAAUGAAGUUUCAAACUCAGAUAACAAUUAUGAAUCGGACACUGGACAAUCUAUUAUGGAUGGUUUGUUAUUUGAGAUAUACGACAGGUGGCAUGGACCACAGAGAGACAGUUUUGACAGUGAUACAUUCACUGAAUGCUCAAGCAUGUCUGAGGCAUUUCUGGGACGCAGCGAUUCGCUCAACUAUGAAUUUGAGCGCACACAUUCCGCAAGACUCAGCAGAGCAUAUUUAGAAAGUAAAGAUGUGGAUGAACUUAGAACCAUCAUCGAUGAACUACGUUAUCGGACCAAUCAGAUCUCAGCAAGGCUAAUUCGACAACUGAAGAGGCGUGACAGACGUAUCGCAAAACUUCAUAAGAAUUAUGAUCUUGUAACUGCAAUAUUACAAGCUGCUUCACAGAAAAGACGAAUUGAUACCAGGAUGAAAUUUAGUGUUCAGCCUUUACCUGGAGAGAGUGCUUGGAAACAAUGGUUAGAUGCAAUGAAAGCUGUGGCCAGGCUACCCUUAGGGAUGCCCAAGGAGUUCAGGAAAAAAGUUUGGUUAAACAAAGCAGACAGACACCUGGGAGAACUUAAGAUAGACUGGGAGAAAACUAAACGAUUUGCCUUUAAUGAGAAGAGCAAUCCUGAUGACAAGGAGCUGGGACUUCAGAUCGUGAAGGAUCUGCACAGAACAGGCUGCAGUGGCUUCAGUGGCCAUGACAAUGAGGAAGAAAGAGCUGUACUGAAGAGGGUCUUACUGGCUUAUGCAAGAUGGAAUAAACGUGUUGGAUACUGCCAGGGGUUCAACAUCAUCGCUGCACUCAUACUUGAUGUCAUGGAGACAAAGGAAGAUGAUGCCCUUAAGGUGAUGAUUCUGCUGAUAGACCACGUCCUGCCAGAGAGUUAUUUUGUUAAUAAUCUACGUGCCUUAUCAGUGGACAUGGCUGUGUUUCGGGACCUCUUGCGUGUUCACCUUCCCGCACUCUCUAAACACCUUGAUAGGCUUCAGUUAGCUGCUAGGGAUGAUUCUACAGGAGCCAGUUAUGAGCCACCCCUGACUAAUGUAUUCACGAUGCAAUGGUUCCUCACUCUGUUUGCUACAUGUCUUCCUAAGUACACGGCUCUUAGGGUCUGGGACUCUGUCUUUUUGGAAGGCUCAGAGAUACUCAUUAGGACAGCAUUGGCUAUUUGGGCCAAACUUUCUCCGCGUAUCUUGAAAGCUCAGAGUGCAGAUGAGUUCUACACCACUAUGGGAGCUCUAACCCAGGAGAUGAUGGCUGAUACUAUCAUAGAUGCCGAUGACCUAGUCAAAACAAUAUACAAUAUUGCUCCAUUCCCAUUCCCGCAACUAGCUGAGUUGCGAGAGAAGUAUACAUACAAUAUAACGCCAUUCCAAGCUGCCAUGAGUGUUGGGAAACGCCCUUUGAAAGGUGGUGCCACUGGGAUCCUGAGUGAUGAUGAUGAUGGUGAUGAGGAUUUGGAUGUUGUGAAUUGCUUCGGGGGAAUUUUAGGCCCUCAGUCUUCCCCUGGUAAAACUAGAAGUGAUACAGAUGGGUCAUUUGAUAUGUCUAAGAUCAGUCCUGGAGCAUAUGGAGCCAUACCAGGAGCCCUACAGUCCCAGAUACCUGCCUACCUUGAGCGAAUGAAUACAGAUAUACACGGCCUGAAACGUCAAUAUACACGACUCAAGGAACGGCAGAAACAAGCUCACAUAUUUAUAGCAGCUGCAGCUAGCAAUGCCAAGAGUCAGAAGUCUUACCCCAAGGCAGCUUUAGCUCCUAACAUAGAGUCCCCUGUAGUGUUGAAUCACUUGUUUGUUGGCCGAAAGGCACGUCUAGGCAACAAAAAUCGCUGUGUGACAGAUGGACCGAGAAUUGCCCCAAUAUAUAGCAAAUCAAACCCUCCAGCUGUUGCCAAAGAGAAUGUGAUCAUCAAACAUAAAGUGGAUGUUAAUCGGAAAGUUAGCAAUGCUUCAGAAAAUAGUGACCAUAUUGAACCUAAAUCAAGUGAAAGUUCAGGCAAUAAUUCACCAUCUGUAUCUCCCCCUAGCGAGCAGAAUGAUUAUGUGGGGUUGGAUUUAGCAUCCCUAUCUAGUGAGCAAAAUGGAUAUACAAAAUUGGAUCUUGAGACUGCUGAGCUUUCUCCCUUAGAAAACAAACCUGAGAGUUUACAACAAGCAGUAGAUAAACUUAUGAUAGAGGAGGACGCUCAAACUCCCCAGAGUGUUGCUAUUAAUGUACAAGAUUGCUCAGAUAGUCCUCAAAUAAGUAAUACAGAUGUCAAUAACACUCAAAGUGCUUCCAAUGAAUCAGCUAUGCAUGCUAAACCAGACAGUACAAAUCAAAAUACAGAGAGACCACAAACUCUUCCUAUAUCUAGUCAGAGACUUAAUAGUUCAAGUAAUAAUUCUGAGGUAAGCGGGACUAGAGAUGAAUCCCCGUCACAUCAACAUUCCGCUAUGUAUGUAGCAAAGAUGACCUAUAAGACUCACAAAAAGUCCCAAGAAAGGAGUCCAGCUGUCUCGCCCAAUCAUAGCAGUACAAUUAGUCCCAGUAACAUAAGUCCCAAUAGUGGUGCUAGUCCUUCAAGGACCCCAAGUCCUGGUGCUAGUCCUAAACCAUAUAAUCCAUUUCCAACGAGACAUAUGAAUCCAAACCGUGCUAAAAACGGCAUGAAACUGGGACUAUAUUCUUCAAAGGGCAUCCCAGGAGUGCCUGAUAAAAAGACAUCUCCAAUCAAAAAUAUAGGACGUUCUCAAAUCAAUGCAUGCUUACAUAGACAGUAUAUGGCAGAAGUGAAAGCUGCAGGAAAAUCGCAGAAAUAAUAGACCUUUCCGAUAAAUCCUGACCCUUUUUGGCCAGAUUUAUGAUGUCAUUUUUUGUAGAAGGUUUGAGACAGUUUUGAAAUUUAGUACUAAGUGAAUCCUAUCAUGACAUCAUAGCCAAUUGGUGGAAUGACUUACUGGAUUGGUCUCUUGCCAAAUAGAUAUAAAUCUAAUGCGCAGUCAUAUAGAAAAAUGGUAAAUUAGUUAAUUUGCCCAAUGUAAAUGAAUGGAGAUUUGCCAAUUGUAUAUAUUUCCUGUGGCUUUGCAAUUGACUGUAGAUGUCUAGAUAUUCAUCUAUUACAUGUAUCAAGAAGUCUGUUAAAAGGAGUAUAAUUGAUUUGUCGUAAACAGUAAUUUGAGACUAAUCAUGUUGGAUCAUUUAGUGUUCCUAUAAUGUAUGCAAUAACAUUGGUGGGCAAAAUAGAAUCUGAUUAUUGUUAAAAAAAAGACUUUGAUGCAAUUUAAUAUAUAUGAUCUCUAAAAAUAAAUUAGUUACUACAAUAACAACUGAAAGAUUGUAUUUUGUGAUCAUGAUUCGUAAGCAGUCUCAGUAUUCUCUAUUUUGAUGAUGGUGUUAUGUCUAUAUUUCAUACUUAUUUACUAUUACAUAAUUUCACACCGUUAACAUUUCCUGUAAAAUCAUUCCGUAUAUAAUUUUCCAGAAAGAUGUUUUAAAAUCAAAAUAUAUAUUGAUUGAUCUUGUCUGGAAUCUUAUAGGAUGAAUUAAUUUUAAAACAAAGAUAAGUUGACCUAAUAGAAUUUAGGAGCUAUCUAAAAAGUUCAGCACUAAAUUCUGCAUGUAAUCCAUGUUGCUAGCUAGACCAUCCCUUUUAAUGGAGGGUACUCUUUGGAACGUUUUAUGAAUAAAAGGUUUUCCAUUCUCAAUGUUUGUAAAAAAUUCAUAUUACUACAUUAAGCUCUUUGUUAUUUUACAUGAUGUAAAUUCAUUGUUGUUGCUGUUUAUUUUGUUUUUAUUUGAAUUCAAUUGCUUUGCUUUUGUUUAUUAUACUUUGUUAUGUUUCUGAAAACAAUCCAAUGUUGUUAUCUAUAUCGUUGUGUACUUUUUGGCUAUGGUUAAGAAUUUCUAUAGCCUGUAUAUACAGGGUGUUCAAAAAAAUGCAACCGAAAAAAUCACUAUAUCAUAGAAAAUACUAAUCCAAUUGUGUUC